GUGAAGGUGUAACUGACUAGUCUGAUCGAUUUGUUUGAUCUAGAUAUCUAGUCUAGAUCUGAUCGAAUAUGUAGAUCUAAAGUCUAGAAUCUCUAGAUCUAGAAUCUACAUCAUAUUUAUUUUAAAAGAAGCUUAAAAUGAAACCGAAUUUUAAACAUGGGCUAAUGGCCCUUGGUGGAGGAUCUUUAGCUUACUUUUAUAACAAAAAACAUAAAUAUGUACUGGCUCAAGAAGCAGACUAUGAAGGACGUAUGUGUCCACCUGAUAAAAUAGGUUUACAUGGAACAGCUAAAGUGCCUAAAGCAUGUGCUCCACCUGGACCUUUGGUCUUAGAAUUAAAACAAGUUCAAGUUAUGUUUCGCCAUGGGGCUCGAACACCUCUUCAUACACUUACAAAAUUUGAGGAGGCUGCCUUUGACCCAAACUUUGUUUCUAGAGAACAUCAAUCAACAAUUUUUCCCUUUCAAAAAGUAGGCAGCAAUAAUAGUAAACCAGUUCCUUGGUCUGAGUAUGAACAAAGGCUUAUGAAAAAAAAGCUCAGGGGUGGAGCUUGCUAUGGUUCACUAACAAGUUAUGGUAAAGAACAGAUGUACAUUCUUGGGAUAAAUCUUAGAAAUUGUUAUAGAAAUAGACUUGGCUUAUGCACAUAUAAUCCAUGUCAUGUUAGCGUUUUAUCAAGCAAUAUUAUGAGAACAGUAGAAUCUGCCAGAUGUGUUCUUGCUGGUUUCUUUGGGAAAGAGCAGCUCGCUUCUUUUGCUGAAAAUAGAAAUCCAAUUGACAUACAUAUAGCGGACGAAAAUUAUAAUAUUUUGGUACCUGAUACCAAUGUUUGUGAAGUUUUGAAAAAAGUCAAUCAUUCUGCAAUGCUCCAUUCAGACUUUAUAGAACAAAUGAAAGAUGACAGGUUGAAAGUGGAAGCAGAAAUUGAUAGAGGGAUUGAAGUCAAAAUGGAAACUUUAAAGACAGCCCAGAGGCUUUUAUCAAAUCAAGUCUCACAUGAAAAUAUAAGUUUUAUACCAGAAACACAUUUAAAAUAUAACAAACCGUCACCAUUCAAUGAGCCUAAGACCUAUCCUCUUUUACAAGAUAGAAAUAAAGCUGCUGAAGAUAUUCACAGAUUUUGGUCUAGGGUUAUAAUGCGUCAUCCAGUAUUACGAGAAAAUAUCUCUGAAGAGGAUUUGAAAAUGCUUUUUUAUUUAAAGAGGCUUGAAGUUGAGAAGCUGGAGAAUGAGUUCUAUUCUGGAUACAAGUUCCAUUUUUAUUUUGACCCCAAGAAUCCUUUUUUCUACAAUCAACAUCUGAUCAAGGAGAUUUAUACCAGAGUAAAUCCUAUUGCCAACCUUUCAAAGCAAACUCCUAUUCUUUGGAAAGAUUUUGAGGUGCCAUGCAAAGAGGAAAAAAAAGAAAAGCCUAAGUGUGGUUCUUGUGGCAAGAAAGAAAGAAAAAAUAAAUGUGCCUUUCUCAAGAAAAAUGAAAAAUAUUGUUCAUGUAAAAAGGAGACAAUCAAGAAGCAAAUGUCUUUUUUUGAAUGGUAUUCAAAACCUAUCACUGCUGAAGAAGACUGUUUUGGGAAAAUAUUAAUGGAUGAAAUUUACGUCAAUCCUUUGGUCUAUCUUGAGGAAACUCCAAAGCUUAAGGAUCCAUGGGAGCAUAAGCUGAACUUUGUGCUUGCUAGAGAUGAUGUCAUAAGUAGAAAAGCACAUGGCUGGAUGUAUCCACCAGGAAUUGAAAGAUUUGAUAGUAUUAUCAACAGAAAUGCAAUCAAACUGAUGCAUUAUGCCAUGACAGGACAACAUGAGAAAGAGAGAUGUUUUAUCACUCGAUUGUCUGGAGGUCCCUUAUUUACUGAAAUAGUUGACCAGUUGGAGAAACGUAUCAAGGGAGACAAAUGCAGUAAACUCAUCCUAUAUUCUUCCCAUGACUCGACUAUGACUGCUAUGUUGGAGAUUUUAAACAUUUGGGAUGACAAAUGGCCUCCCUUUGCUGCAGAUCUUAGAUUUGAACUGUAUAAGGCCACAAAUUGUAAUGAGUGGUAUGUAAGAGUGCUUUAUCUUGGAAAGGUAUGCCAAAUUGGAGGUGAGGACCAAGAUUAUGUCAGCUGGAGAGACUUUAAAAAGGCUCUAUGUCGCUACCUUAUUAGACAAGAUGAAUUUAAAAAAUUAUGCUCAUCUCAAAUAUUGGAGAAAAUAGCUAAAGAAAUAUUGCAACAUGAAGAGAAAGAAACUUACACUCCAGAAGUUAAAGAAGAGAGUGAGACACCAGCAGGCAUGUAAAUCUCAACUUGGUCUAACAGACAUCAUGUUCUUUUGUUGACAUCUGAGUACCCAUCUAAUUGCCUGGAUGGCAUUGGUAUCUUUCCUUCAAGAAAAGUGGCUUUCAUUUUUAAAAACCUUAUAAUAGCCGAGAAGUUCGGUGUGAUGUUUCAGAAUAUUUUAUUUUUAUAAAGGUAACAAUUAUUACUUACAAAAUCUAUUUUUUAAUUAUAUUGUCUAUAUGUAUGUUAGAGGAUGAAUUUUUAAUAAAAUGGAAAAGUGAUAUA